UCCAUUAUUCGCUAAACUAAUGGAUGCUUACAGAAGCCAUGAGCUCUGCGGUGUGGCAACACAAUGGAAUCAAUCCUUCGGCCUUAUCGUUCCCUUAUAUAUACAGUAGGAGAUAGCUGGCUCAGGCUCACCAUUAAUGCUGUGCCAAGAACAAAUGGAGAAGCAGGACAGCUUCCUCGUCCCUAAGGUGAAGCUAGGGUCCCAAGGCUUAGAGGUAUCCAAGCUAGGCUACGGUUGCAUGGGUCUCAGUGGAGUAUACAAUGAUCCAGUGAGUGAUGAAGUUGGAGUGUCCAUCAUCAAGCAUGCCUUUGACAGGGGCAUCACCUUCUUCGACACCUCAAACAUUUAUGGGCCUUGCACCAAUGAGAUAUUGCUGGGGAAGGCCUUGAAGGAUUUGCCAAGGGAGAAGGUUCAGUUGGCUACAAAGUUUGGCGUUCAGAGCUUCAGCAAGGAUGCUAUAGUCAUCAAUGGGGAGCCGGAAUAUGUUCGGGCUAGUUGUGAGGAGAGCCUCAAGAGGCUUGGGGUUGACUGUAUUGAUCUUUAUUAUCAACACCGGGUCGAUACGACCGUGCCGAUAGAGGAGACUGUCGGUGAGCUCAAGAAGCUAGUGGAAGAAGGCAAAGUGAAGUACAUAGGGCUUUCAGAGGCAAGUGCUAACACAAUUAGACGUGCUCAUGCUAUUCAUCCAAUUAGUGCAGUGCAGCUCGAGUGGUCGCUAUGGACUCGAGAUAGCGAGGAUGAGAUCAUUACAGUUUGCAGGGAACUUGGCAUUGGAAUAGUCGCUUACAGCCCUGUUGGUCGGGGUUUUUUCGCAGGAAAAGGAGUCACAGAAAUCUUGCCUGAGAGCUCUUUCCUGCAUGCACAUCCAAGGUUUACUGGAGAAAAUCUGGAGAAGAACAAGUCUCUUUAUUCAAGGUUGAAGAUGUUGUCUUCCAAGCAUCAUUGCACACCUGCUCAAUUAGCUCUCGCUUGGGUUCUUCAUCAAGGAGAUGAUGUGGUUCCAAUUCCUGGUACAACUAAGACCAAGAAUUUGGAUGAGAACAUUAAAUCAUUGAAAGUUAAGCUCGAUCAUGAAGACAUGAAAGAAAUAUCUGAAGCAGUGUCCAAAGAUGAAGUGGCAGGUUAUAGAAGCAAUGCCUUUAUUGAGUCAUUUAGUUGGAAGCAUGCAGACACCCCACCUUUAAACAGGACUACUCUUUCAGCAAAGUAAUCCCCCUUCAUAUGCUCUUGAAUUCACUGGAAACGAGAUGCAUAUUAUGUAAGAUUGUAUGUAAGUUUCUUUUCUUUACUUGUAUUAAAGCUUGCAGUGUCAUGUGUGUCUGUUCAUCCAACUUCAUGCCAAGGGUUCUUGCUAAUGCAGAUGCCAGUGAUUGGCUUACACAAUAAGAUACAGUAAACACGGGAAUGAUUCAACAAAUACAAACUGACAUGAAUAUGCAUGAAACUGGAUUGAUAUUGACCAUUCCGUCUGCAAGAAGACCAUGAAAUUAUUAUGAAAAAUGCAGAGAGAAA